GGCGAGAUGACAGAUGGAUCUUCAUCGGGAGUCGGGAGGAUGAAGGUACCCGUCCCGGGGCAGCGCUGAUCCACAGCAUCGGGGCGCAGGACUGUAAGGGGGGCAGGGGUGAGACGAAUGUGGGUAGAUAGGUAGCCAAAUAUAGCGUGCUAGGCAAUACGUAUUUUGAGAUUUUUUUGUUCGUUUGUAUCGCUUUAUGUUAUAUAUUAGGGGUCUCGGUUUUCAUGUUGUCCGGGGUGCCGUUAUUGUCGCUGUUGAGCUACCAAAGGCAUCCAUUGCAUCGCCAGCUACUAUUUACUGAAGCCCGUCUGGGGUGCUGGCUGGCAACCGGAUUAGACUGCUUCGUUGUACAAUUUUAAACGCUUUAAAAUGACCGGAGAAAAGCGUCGCUCCUUGCGUAAGGAUCACAAGCCGAGCAAGGAGGUGGAAUUACUGGAACCCGACGAGGAGGCAGCGGCGGGUCCCUUCGGAUCGUCCCGGACCAACAGAGUCAAAGCGAAUAAGAUCUUUAACAAUCACAAGCUGAUCAAACCUCCGGUGACCCAGCAGCAGAAUCAGCUGUCGCAGAUCAAUGCUAACACUAACAUAAACACACACACGGCCGACACCGACGACAACAAGAACCCCAUUAUUCUGAGCACGCAGGAGUUCCCGGUCCACGAGUGUGUGUUUAAGGGGGAUGUGAGACGUCUGUCCUCACUUAUCCGGACCCAAAACAUCGCCCAGAAAGAUGUCCAUGGGAACACACCUCUGCACCUGGCUGUCAUGGUGGGACACAAAGAGUGCGCCCACCUGCUCCUGGCCCACAAUGCACCUGUCAAGGUGAAGAACGCUCAAGGAUGGAGCCCUCUCGCCGAAGCCAUCAGCUACGGAGACCGACAAAUGAUCACAGCUCUGCUGAGGAAGCUGAAGCAGCAGUCCCGGGAGAGCGUGGAGGACAAGCGGCCGCGACUAUUGAAGGCUCUGCGAGAGCUGGGAGACUUCUAUCUGGAGGUUCACUGGGAUUUUCAGAGCUGGGUGCCUUUGCUGUCCCGGAUCCUGCCGUCUGAUGCCUGUAAAAUCUACAAGCAGGGCAUCAAUAUCAGGCUGGACACCACCCUGAUUGACUUCACAGAUAUGAAGUGCCAACGUGGCGAUCUGAGCUUCACCUUCAGAGGAGACGCUCCCCCCACAGAGUCCUUUGUGGUCCUGGACAACGAGCAGAAAGUCUACCAGCGCAUUCACCAUGAGGAGUCGGAGAUGGAGACGGAGGAGGAGGUGGAUAUUCUGAUGAGCAGCGAUAUUUACUCCGCCACACUCUCCACCAAAUCCAUCACCUUUGCCCGAACGCAGACUGGCUGGCUCUUCAGAGAAGACAAAACGGAGAGAGUGGGGAGCUUCCUGGCAGAUUUCUUCUCGGUGAACGGGCUGGUGCUGGAGUCCCGGAAACGCAGGGAGCACCUGAGUGAGGAGGACAUCCUGAGGAACAAGGCCUUCAUGGAGAGCUGGAGCAAAGGAGGAAACCUCAUCGAGCACACCUACGAGCCUGUGAGGAGACAGUCUCUCACCCCCCCUCCUCCGAACACGCUCUCCUGGGAGGAGUACAUCACAGCUGAAAAUGGCAGGGCCCCGCAUCUGGGGAGGGAGCUAGUGUGUAAGGAAAGUAAGAAGAACUUCAAAGCCACUGUAGCCAUGAGCCAGGACUUCCCCCUGGGCAUCGAGUCGUUACUAAAUGUGUUAGAGGUCAUUGCUCCCUUCAAGCACUUCAACAAACUCAGAGAAUUCGUUCAGAUGAAACUUCCACCGGGUUUCCCUGUCAAGCUGGACAUCCCAGUGUUUCCAACUGUCACGGCAACAGUCACGUUUCAGGAGUUCCACUACGACACAUUUGACGACUCCAUCUUCACCAUCCCCUCCGACUUCAAGGAGGACCCCAGCCGCUUUCCUGACCUUUGACCUCUCACCUUUGAUGUCCUGAUGCUCCUCCUUCUGUGGUUUGAAACUGACAGGAACAAACUCCACCCACAAAAGGGCACUGAAUUACAACACCAAAAGUUUUCAAAUGGGAAGAGAGACUGUCAGUUUUAACACGCUGUUUUUAACAAACUGAUCUCGUAUGUCAGAGACUCAGACUGAAUGUGCUGUUUGUAAUGUAGCGGAAAGGGAUUGGUGCACUGGCCUGUGGACACACUGGAUUUGACACGUGGGACGUUAGACUCAGGGGGAAAGCACAGACCGUCCCCUGUAUGGAACGGGAGUUGUCCUGUAAAAACAUGGAGCUUCCAGUAGCUGCAGCUGUCUGACCGACUUCCACCAGCACCACUGCAGCUGAACACCCUGCACAUCCUCAUCCAGAAGACAGAGGGCGCUGUGCUGAGCCGGCCUGCACUCAACCCCCUCCGUACUGCCAUGAGCGCAUUAACAUGGCAGACCUGUACACAAAUGAAGCUAAAACAGAGCUAAUGUAAAUCUAACGUAAACUUUAGAAGCUGGAAUAUCCCUGGCGUGCUGUACAGAAGAUCUGCUCAUAGCUCCUCGCCUUGCUGCAAACAUGGAGAUCCAGCUUCCUUUCUCGUAUGUGAACUCUCUCCAAUUCAGGAAAUGAAAUCAGGAAGUUUGCAUCUCAACCUACAACUGUUUUGUAGAUAGAAAAAAGUUGGAAAAAGAGAAACUGAAACCUGUACCACUGAAACUUUUUUAGUGAUAAAAAUAAGCCUUUUUCUGCCACAGGGUGUACAUACCUCUUGUGUACUUUUCUGUUCAGGUUUUACCUCCUGUCUGUCUGUGUCUUGUACUCGUGGGAUUGUAGGAGUGUGUGUGUUAGUGCAGCGUGUUAAUGUGUGUGAUUCCACAGGCUCGUAGUGAAGUCUGUGAUCUGCGAUCUCUAUUGGCACAGGCAGCGUUUGCUCAGACCCGCAGGAUUCUUAGAGCAGAUCAGGCUGCAGUCGGGUGGGACUGACACACAUUUCACUCAGUAGCACUGGAGAGGUCAGUCACCUGCAGAAGGGGAUCUUGUGCACGGCCCUCAACCCAGUUUAGUUCUCAGUUCAGUUCAGAUACGGAUCAGUAUCCUGGAUUGGAGGUCAGGGACAUCUUUCUGAUGUCACUUGUCAUAGAUACACCACACUCCUGUACUGUGUACCUGUUCAUACAAACCAGCACAUUUUAUAAGCAAUCAGUGAAACUGCUACAGUCAAAUAAGAUUCUGCUAACAUGCUGGAUGAGUCCAGGCAGAAAGAAUCUUUCUGGCCUCACGGCCCCUGAGGGACAGUUGGACUCUGGCCCAGAUGUUCAUUUCCACUGUGAGCUGGAGGCGCACUGAGCUCCCUGCUAUCUCAGCCCCAGCAAUACUGACCGAGUGUUAUGCUCACCCUGUCCCUGUCUCAUGCAUCGUGUCCGGUUUGUCUAGCCAUGCAGUUAGAUGUUCCACGGCCUAUUAACACUAUUAUUUAUAUGAUGUCUGGUGUGGGCUCUAGUCUUGGUGGGCCACUGAAAUACCCAUCCCAGCACAGUGGUGCUGUGUAACACUCCCUGUCACUCUACUGGGUAGCGUGACUCCUUAAUUUAGCACCAUUUUGUACUCCUCCCAUCACUGUGUCUGUUGUGUUUGUACAUGUGCUCAUCAUGGCUUUUACUUUUUGUACAAGUCUUACUUGUACCUACAUGCGUAAAUUAAAGUGUACAGCAAGAAUAUUGUAUAAGCCUGCACACUAUUUUCAUAUUAAAAUUUCCUUAAAAUG